AUGCUGGCGCUGGAGGCUGUGAGCGACACGUUAGCUAGGCUCCAUCCCGUGAGCAUCCCCCCCAGUCCGCUGGACCCGAAUGGUUGCCUCCAGAAGCUGCAGCGGAUCGAUACCCCGCGGGGGGUGCUAGAGGGUGCGGUGCGCCAGCAGAGCUCCGUCACAGAGCACACGUUGGAGGGGGGGGGAGAGGUGAAUGAGGGCGCGUCGGCGCAGAGCCCACUGGUGAUGGAGAAAGGGGGAAAUGGGCAGCAGGGGGAGGGCGUGGGCCAGGAAAACCGCCCCCCCCCCGGACAGGAGAUGACGCCCGAGCAGAUUGAGACCCUGCGCCGACAGGUGGCGGUGUAUUGCGGGAUAUGCGACAACUUGAUGGCCUUGCACCGUGCGAAAAUGAGCGGGACCCAAGGGCCCCUACAAGGGAUGGAUGCCUACUACCAGGACGCAUCCGCGAUGAUCAACCGGGGGGGAAAGCACCGGUGGGCCCCCGCAGAGGCGCAGAAAGCGGCGCUGGACCGAGUGUUUCAGGAGCUGGGGGGGGGCACCCCGAGCAAGGCGCGCAUCAAGGAACUAGUAACGGAGCUGGGUCGGCACGGGCCAGUGACGGAGUCUAACGUGUACAACUGGUUCCAGAACAAGAAGGCGCGCAGCAAGCGCAAGGUGGCGGCCACCGAGGCGGAGAGCGGGAUCGACGACCGGAACCCCAAGCGGACGCGAGAGGACGGGGCGCACUCGAGCGGCAGCCUCAACAUCACGUCGUCCUUCGAUGUUGACCGCAUGAGCGAGGGGGGGGUUGUGUCGUCUGGGUUUGAGCAGCGCCCCGCGCCUGCGCAGCAGCUUCAGACCCCAUUGGGCUGGCGCAGCGGUGCCCUUGCUCACGACAUCCCUGCCCCCCGCACGCAGCUCUUUGCCGACUCCAGCAUCCAAGACGCGGCAGCCAUGCUCCUUUACGCCGCAGCGGAGAACGCUGGCCAGGGGGGGGGUAGUGCAGCGCAAAGCCUGGCCAACACGCUGGGCCUGCUGGGGGCUGCGCAGGAUGGGGCGUCCUUCUUCCAGGGGGGUCAGGGCGGCAGCAACAUGGGGGGGGGGCUGGACCUGCCUUAUGGCGCACUCACAGGGGAGAGCGCGUACAGCCAGCCGCAGGCAGAGACGUCGUUGAAGGUGAUGAUCAACGGGCGGCCGUACGACGUCCCUGCGGGCCCGCUGGACGUGCGCGCCAGCUUCGGGGAGGGCAUGGUGCUGUACGACUCGCGCGGGGUGCAGGUGCUCACGGACAACCUGGGGGUCACCUUCGACGCGCUGCACAACGGGGAGUCGUACUACCUGCAGAGCGAGCUCCAACCCGGGUUGGGCCUGGAUCACGACCGGCUGGGCAGAGCGCUGUUCCCGUAGCUGCGCUCCACGUCCAUCGCUGACACCGCUAACCCCACAGAGCCGAGCUAACCCCCGCGCCAGGCGGGCAGUCCUGCGCGUGUACAAGCUGUUGCAGAUGGUAGGCCGCAGAACGGGGCGCCUGACCCCGCUAGACCCGCACCAGAUAGGCCAAGCUUUCCCUUCGAGCAUCAGACGCAGUCAAAGGGGCAGCCUGUUGUAAUAUCAUGCUACUCGGCUGAGAGUUGUGCCACUAUUUUGGGCGUUCUUCCGCAUGCUUGCUCGGCCGACACCGUGACGACUCCGAAACAAUAAAGUGGGCGCAACUCCCGCCCGUAUGUCCGACUGGCAAACAAGUGUAUUAAGUAGGACGUCAGCGAAAACGGCUUGAUGGGAGGACUGCCGGCGCCAAUAAUCGUUGGAAGCUGCAGCUAGUUCGACAUUCAUAGACAGUUCAUAGAUUAAACUUGAUUGAGUAGCUAGGUCGACUUCGUCCUCUUUUUGCCUAGCUUAAGUUAUGGUCCUUCUGCAACAUUGACCAUCUUGGUGGAUUGCCAGAUGAGUUGUCUUGCCUUGAAACCACUUCGAGCAGUUCCGUAA